GGGGCCGGCGGCCCGCGGGCCUCAGUGAGGAAUGUGCGGCCUGGGCACAGGCUGCGGCGCGGGGCUCGGGCCGAUGGGGCUGAGGCCGAGGCUGAGGCCGGGCCCGGGGUGAGGGCACAGCGGCUCCCGCCAUGGACCAGUGGAAGCCGAAUCCUCGGGCCAAACCCUUCAUCCCCCGCCGGCAGCGGAGCCUCUUCAGCGGCUGGAGAUACAGACUGAGGGGCCACCGGUCAGUGCGGAGGCUGUGCCAGACUGGUGCUAUAUUGUUUCUGCUGGUGACUGUGAUUGUCAACAUCAAGCUUAUUUUAGAUACUAGGAAGGUAGCAAAUGAGGAGGAAUCUGGAGAGGACUAUGAUAAUGUUAUCCCUAAUAUGGAAACCCCCCGAAGGCUGUCAAAGGGGCGAAAAGUCCUGGAUAUUGAGGUGUAUUCCAGCAGGUCCAAAGUCUAUGUUGCAGUUGAUGGAACCACAGUUCUGGAAGAUGAAGUCAAAGAGCAGGGGAGAGGAAUCCAUGUUAUUGUUCUGAAUCAAGCCACCGGUCACGUGAUGGCAAAGCGUGUGUUUGACACUUACUCACCGCACGAAGACGAAGCCAUGAUCCUCUUCCUAAAUAUGGUCUCCCGUGGCAGGAUCCUCAUCUUUACCAUUAAGGAUGAGGGGUCCUUCCAUCUGAAAGACACGGCUAAGAACCUACUGAAAGGCCUAGGGAGUCAGAUCGCCUCAUCGCUAAGUUGGAGAGAUAUGUGGACCUUCGUCGUGAAGAAAGGAGGUCAAGUGUAUGGUGAGAAGCAUUCAAAGUCACCAGCUCUGGCCACUUGGGGAGAUCCGGUCUUGCUGAAAACAGAGGUUCAGCUCAGCUCUGCCGAAGAUUCUGAGUGUCGCUGGUUAGACAAUGAAACAAACAGGAGAAGAAAGGCUUUCUGCAGCAAGGUGGAGGGAUAUGGCAGCAUCUGUAGCUGUAAAGAUCCAGCACCUAUUGAAUUUAACCCUGAGACUUUAAAAGAUAACAAGGUUUCCUCUGUCCCCGUGGCUGUGAUCGCUGGCAAUAGGCCUAACUACCUGUACAGAAUGCUACGCUCGCUCCUGUCUGCACAGGGGGUUAACCCAGAGAUGGUGACCGUCUUUAUAGAUGGUUACUAUGAGGAGCCAAUGGAUGUCGUGGAGCUGUUUGGCCUGAAAGGAGUCCAACACACACCAAUUAGUAUUAAAAAUGCCCGCGUCUCCCAGCACUACAAAGCCAGUUUGACUGCAACAUUUAAUCUGCAUCCGGAUGCAAAGUGCAUUGUGGUUUUGGAGGAGGACUUGGACAUCUCGGUCGACUUCUUCAGUUUUCUCAGCCAAACCACCCACUUACUUGAGGAGGAUGAGAGUUUGUAUUGCAUAUCUGCUUGGAAUGAUCAGGGUUAUGAACACACUGCAGAGGAUCCUGCCCUUCUGUAUCGAGUGGAGAGUAUGCCUGGGCUUGGAUGGGUAUUAAAGAAAAGUCUAUAUAAAGAUGAACUGGAACCAAAGUGGCCAACUCCAGAAAAGCUCUGGGAUUGGGACAUAUGGCUGCGAAUGCCUGAACAAAGGAAAGGCCGGGAGUGCAUUGUCCCGGAUAUAUCCCGAUCUUAUCAUUUUGGAAUAGUUGGUUUGAAUAUGAAUGGUUAUUUCCACGAAGCCUACUUCAAGAAACACAAGCUCAACACUGUGCCCAAUGUGCAAUUCAAAAACGUAGAUAGACUUAAAAAAGACAGCUAUGAGACUGAAAUUCAUAAACUGCUAAGCGAAGCCAAGGUUCUGGACCACAGCAAGAACCCCUGUGAAGAUAGUUUUAUUCCAGACACCGAAGGGAAGAUCUAUGUCAUGUAUAUCAAAAUGGAGCAGGAGACUGACUUUACAACGUGGACAGAGUUAGCUAAGUGCCUCCAUAUCUGGGAUCUUGAUGUCCGUGGUAACCACAAGGGCAUGUGGCGGCUAUUCAGAAAGAAGAACCACUUGCUUGUGGUGGGAACUCCAGCCUCUCCUUAUUCGUUAAAGAAGCCCACAUCAGUGACACCCAUUUACAUUGAACCACCUCCAAAGGAAGAAGUGGAAUUGAAUUAAAGUUGGGCUUCCUCCAUUUUUGUAGCAAAGGGAUCUCAACUACAAACCAUAUCAAACCACUAUAUUUAACGUACAACAUCAGUUUACACGUUGCUUCAUAACCAUCUGCUUUAACAUGAGGCAAAAACAAAACCCAAGCUAAUUCCGACUUGGGUGAACUACUAAAGACUUUAGUUUUGUAAAUUAUGGUUUCAAAUAUUUAUAUUACUGAAUCUACAAAAGUUGGGAGAAUCUUCUGUACACAUCAUCAGAAGGAUGGACCAAGGGAUUUCCUGAAAUGGUGAGUUGGGUUGUAUUGCAAAGUGCUUCAUAUCAUACUCCUAAACUAGAGCACUGAAUCGGUUUAAUGACAAUGUACUCAGACAGACUUGUGUCUGAUUUAUUUUUUUCUGUCUGAUAUCAUAAAUCAGGGUACAGAGUAGCAAGUCUCUGCUUAUGAACUGGACUAUUGACAACACGUUUGACCCAGAAUUUAUUUCAGGAGAUUGUUAAACCACUACAGAGAAGCAAGACAUUUUUUGAUCCACAAACCAUAUUUACAACAUGAGGGGUAGUGUUAUUGAUGUAGAAAUUUUAUUUGUGAUAGUGGGGAGAGGGGAGUUGCUGCUGUUUUCUAAUGGACAGUGAAAUUGUUUUAAACUUUUUGAGGUCUUUUGGGGUUGAGGGGGAAAGGAGACGGUAUAUUUUUACCUGUGGCUUGGACAUGGCAUCUCUUCAGGAAUUUUCUGAAGCUUCAUUGCUGAAAUAAUAAUAAUAAUCCUUGCAUUUGAUAUCGCGCUUUUCACGUCUUCUAGACGUCUCAAAGCGCUUCACAGAAUAAAUGUUACUGAAAUCACGUUUCGCCCACAAAACAUACAAUCAAUUCACUUUACAGUAUAUCCUGUGAAGUGCUUUGAGAUGUCUCGAAGAUGUGAUAAGGCGCUAACUCAAAUGCAGGGAUUAUUAUUAGAAUUAUUAAUUGACAUAAGAAAUGCAAGACUAAAAAAGACCCAGGUCCAUCUAGUUUGCCUUCCACCUUCCUGACUGUCGCAUGCACAUAUGUCCUGAACUACCUAUGUAGAUAUUUGAAAAUGUCUGACCUCUUCAAAAAUCCUUACACUAAUAUUUUUAUAUACUGGUAUUGUGACCAGAUUAAAGAGUUUCCAGCAUAAAGCGUGUGCUUUCCAAUGACUGCCUUUCGAUUUGCAUUAGUACAUGGCAUUGGGCUACAAAUUUGAAUAAGUGAAAGUGGGCCUGACUUAUGGAUUUCUGGCUUCUCAGCAUAUUGGAUAUCGAACUGUAUUGUUUAGUGACCGAGUCUUUUCCUGCUGGAAGACAUGAUAUGGUUGCUGUCCAUCAUCUUUCAGAUUGACAAUGGAAAAGGAGGAGUACUUCAUACUAAACAUCUAACCUGCCUUAUCCAGAAUAAUGUUCCCCUACACAGUGAUUCUUCCAUAAAUUUGAACAAUUUGAUUUUGAAUCCCAGUUUCUUUGGUCUAAAUAACACCUAAUUGACGCGGUGCAAUCUUGUCGACUUUCUGAUGAAAUGCUGGUGGUUUGGAGCCAGAAAAUAUGUUGUGAUCAUGGCCAGUGUUAACCUUGUCUGCCUCGAAAAUGAAAACGACCUCCUUUCAGGAAAUACAAUUCUUAUACUCCCAUUCCAAUCUUUCUUCAUACACCAUUAAUAUUUGCAUUUCAGUUCUUUUUCUUACCAGGGCUACACUUACUUUUUUUUUAAACCAGUUAUUUACUCCUCGAGGGAGAAAAUACACAAUGUGAAUAUGAUCAUGGGAGUUGCUAUUAUUCCCACUCUACAAAUAACCACGUGCAUGAAUUUAUAUAGGUGUUUGUUGUAUUUAUGAAGUAUCAAACGAGUCAUUGCUUUUAAGUUCACUCCAUUUUUCCCACUCCACUACCCUCUGUGUCGUCUCCAAAAUGAGCUGAUAAUUCAGCUUCAGUAUUUGUAAAACUAAAAAGGAAACGCUUCAUUGAAACCAUUUGUGCCUGAAAUUUCUCCUACUGCAUUUCAGGAAGAAAUGUCUUUUUUGUUUGCUUGAUGGGUGAUGUAAAAUAAAGAGUUCUUUUUAAAGUUGUACAUUUGUAA